CAACCGCGCCCCCCCCAAGACUUCUUGGCCUGGACGGCGGCACGCGGCCGGGCAGGCUCUCAGCUCAGGACCUCAGGAUGGGAGAUGAUGAGAAGCGCAACAGGGCCAUCACGGCCCGGAGACAGCACCUGAAGAGCGUGAUGCUGCAGAUUGCAGCCACGGAGCUGGAGAAGGAGGAGGGCCGCCGCGAGGCAGAGAAGCAGAACUACCUGUCGGAGCACUGCCCCCCGCUGCACAUCCCCGGCUCCAUGGCCGAGGUGCAGGAGCUCUGCAAACAGCUGCACGCCAAGAUCGAUGCAGCCGAGGAGGAGAAGUACGACAUGGAGGUGAAAGUGCAGAAGAGCGGCAAGGAGCUGGAGGACAUGAACCAGAAGCUGUUCGACCUGCGGGGCAAGUUCAAGCGGCCGCCGCUGCGGAGGGUGCGCAUGUCCGCGGACGCCAUGCUCAAGGCCCUGCUGGGCUCCAAGCACAAGGUGUGCAUGGACCUACGGGCCAACCUGAAGCAGGUCAAGAAGGAGGACACGGAGAAGGAGCGGGACCUGCGCGACGUGGGUGACUGGAGGAAGAACAUCGAGGAGAAGUCCGGCAUGGAGGGCAGGAAGAAGAUGUUCGAGACCGAGUCCUAGGCCAUCCGCCCCGCGCCCCGCGCCCCGUGCCCCCCGCAGAACAGGCGGGGAGGGGGAGGCCCGGCCCCCCCACUGUCAAUAAAGAUUCGAACCCCUGUGA